AUAAAGUGCCAGUGCCUUCACUGCAGCUUAUUGACAUGGAUUGUACAAAACCUUGCUGAAAGUACUGAUGCUUUUACUGUACCUCUUACUAUGACAAAUUUCAUUUCCCUGUUUCAUUUCCCUCCUUAUUCCUGGCCUGAUCCCCAUCUUGCUUCCUCUUUUUAUUCUCAGUGGCACAGGUUUUUGAUGGCAUUGAUUGCCACACUUGCUGUUGCUUCUCAUAUCGCUUCAGUCCCCAUCAGCAUUUCAUUUGGCCAAGACCCUGUCUUCCCUUUCUUGGCUUUUACAGCUAGCUGGUGGGGAGGUAUUCUGCUCUUGGGUUCUUUUUAAUUCCUUCUAGUCUGUUUCCUGCCUUUUUCACCUGAUGGACUUUGCUGCCCUCAAAAUGGCUAACUGCAUUUCCUCUCCAACAUCAUUGGCAGCCUCUUCAGCUCAGUGAUGUGCAGGACAUAUUUCCUGUUUGCCUGAAGUUAAAUCUGAGCUGACCUGUCACUACAAAUGGACAGUUUUUCAAAGAUGAGGCUUGGUGAAGCAGCUUCUUGGUAUCUCAACGAUGGAAGGCCAACUUUGUGCUAAUGUGGACAUUUCUGUGAAAAAGCCUCCAGAAACAAGCCCUCUGUCCUUCAUUGCUUUGCUGAAGGUUCACCGAGAGCUCCUGGUCAGCAGGAUCCGAAACACGCAGUGCUUGAUUGAUAACUUGAUUAAGAACGACUACUUCUCCGCUGAAGAUGCAGAGAUUGUUGUCCAGUUUCCUACUCAACCAGAUAAGGUUCGCAAAAUUCUAGACUUGGUUCAAAGCAAGGGAGAAGAAGUUUCGGAAUAUUUCGUCUAUGUCCUGCAGAAAGUCACUGAUGCUUACUAUGAGCUUCAGCCUUGGCUGGAUGAAAUAGGGUACAAGCCUUCAGAGAAUAUUUGUAGUAAACCUGUGGUAAAUACAGAUCCAGUUAGCAGGUAUUGCCAGAAACUCAGACAUGAACUGGGACGGGACUCCAAGUUUUUUAUGCUGUACGCUCAGAAGGAGGAGAUGCUGCUUGAAGAAAUCUACUCCAACAGUAUUAUGGAGCUGGUCAGUUUUACCAAUGAGAGUCUUGGCCAGGUGGGACAAUUAGAAGCCCUUUUUGAUGAUGCAGUUGGGCUAAUUAAUGAAGAUGGAGAGACUGUUUAUGUCUACGGUGAUGCAGGAAUUGGAAAAUCCAUCUUGCUGCAAAAGAUACAAAGCCUUUGGGCCAGGAAGGAGUUGGACAUAGGGGCCAAGUUUUUCUUCUGUUUUCGGUGUAGGAUGUUUAGCUGCUUCAAGGAAGAUGAAGCCAUAUGUUUGAAAGACCUGCUCUUCAAAUAUAAUUGCUACCCAGACCAGGACCCCGCAGAAGUGUUCCAUCACAUCUUGCAGUUCCCUCAUACAGUUCUUUUCACUUUUGAUGGCUUUGAUGAGAUCUAUUCCAGCUUUGAUCUCAGCAGCGUACCUGAGGUAUGCUCACCCAAUGAACCCAUCCACCCCCUGGCACUGCUCGUAAGCCUUCUCAGAGGAAAGCUUCUUAAGGGAUCCAAGAAAAUUCUUACUGCCAGGACAGGAACUGAGAUCCAAAAAAACAUCAUUAGGAAGAAGGUGUUGCUCCGUGGUUUCUCCAGGAAUAACCUGAAGGAAUACACAGCUAUGUUUUUCAAAGAUGAGCAGCGACGAGCACUGGUGUCAAACCAGUUGGAAGCUAACCCAAAUCUCUGCAGUUUGUGUUCAGUGCCUUUAUUUUGCUGGAUUAUCUUUAAAUGCUUUGAGCACUUCCACUCCAGCCAGUGGUUUGACGGCCACGAGCUCCCAGACAGUUCUGUUACAUUAACAGAUGUAUUUCUGCUCAUGAUUGAAGUACACCUGAACCGAGCAGUGAAAACAAGUUUGCUGAAGGGCAAUAUCAGGAGCCAAGCAGAGAUGUUCAAGUCAAGAAAGGAAAGUCUUCUAGCUUUGGGUAAAAUGGCAUACAAAGGGAUGGAGAACUCUUCCUUUAUCUUUGAGCAGGAGGAAGUCUCUUCGGCAAAUAUCUCUGAAGAAGAUUUGCAAUUGGGCUUUCUCAGGACAGUUAAAGGUUACAGUGGCUGUGACAGUCAGGCCACUUAUGAGUUCUUGCACUUAACCCUUCAGUCUUUUUUCACAGCUUUAUUUUUGGUUAUGGAGGAGAAGGUGGGUACCAAGGAGUUACUUGAGUUUUUCAGUGAAUGUUCUUCCAUGGAGACUGCCCAGCCUACUUGCCUUCGUAUCCCCUGGCUGAAGAAACAACUAGCAGGGGAGGAUCCUUUCCAAAAUAAAGAACACUUUAAUUUUACCAACAUGUUUCUUUGUGGCCUGCUUUCUGGACCCAGGCAGAAGCUCUUCAGACAUUUAGUUUCACCUGCGGUCAUUAAGAGGAAGAGAAAAACACUCAUCACAUACCUUGGGGAGAGCAUGAAAUCCCGCCUGAAAGGCUACACUCGGUCCAGGCUGAAAAGCUACAACCAGGUGCAGGUGCAGCCCAACUUUGUGUGGAUGUUGAGGUGCCUGUACGAGACGCAGAGUGAGAAGGUGGGGAGGAUGGCAGCCCGCCGCAUGCACGCCAACUACAUCAAGCUGGCCUACUGCAACGCCUGCUCUGCCGACUGCAGCGCCAUUUCCUUCCUUCUGCACCACUUCCGAAAGCGCCUGGCUCUGGAUCUGGACAACAACAACAUCAAUGACUAUGGAAUUAAGCAGCUGCAACCUUGUUUCAGCAAGCUUGCAGUCAUCAGGCUGAGUGUAAAUCAGGUCACAGAUCACGGCGUGAGGAUCUUGUAUGAAGAACUCUCCAAGUACCAAAUUGUGUCUUUCUUGGGCUUAUACAACAACCAAAUCACUGAUGUUGGAGCCAAAUAUGUUGCAAAAUUAAUUGAAGAGUGUUCAAGCCUGGAAUAUGUUAAAAUAGGAGCAAACAAAAUAACGAGCGAAGGAGGGAAGUGCCUUGCCCAGGCCAUCCAGAAGAGCAAGACAAUGUUUGAAAUUGGGAUGUGGGGUAAUCAAGUUGGAGAUGAAGGAGCAAAGGCAUUUGCAGAGGCCCUGAGGAACCACCCCAGGUUAACAAACGUGAGUCUUGCAUUCAAUGGCAUCACAACAGAGGGAGGCAAGAGUAUUGCUGAAGCCAUGCAGCACAACAACUCCGUGAGGAUAUUCUGGUUGACUAAAAACGAGCUGGAUGAUGAGGCAGCAAUGAGUUUUGCAGAGAUGCUGAAGGUCAACAAGAAACUGGUGCAUUUAUGGCUUAUCCAGAAUCAAAUUACAGCCAAAGGGGUGAAGUGCCUCAGCGAAGCUCUCAAGGAGAACACGACUAUUCAAGAAAUCUGCUUGAAUGGGAACCUGAUAAGCCAAGAGGAGGCCAAAGCUUUUGAAAAUGAAGAGCGGAUCAUUUGCUUUUGAAUGAGGAUUUUCCCAUUUUGCCAAGUUGGUGUUAACAAAGGCUACUCCUACACUCGGACUGCAGAGUUUAUAAAGGCAUCAGUCUACAGUGCUCGUGGCAGGAGAGAGAUACACAAUGAGCUGCCUUUUUAUGAACACACAGCACUCCCUCAGCUCCAUCCCUUACCCUGCCUGUUAUUUUUAAUCCUUUUGGUGAGUGGGAAGCUGUCUGGGUAAAUAAUUAAUGUUUGUUUGGUGCUUUGAAGAUGAAAUGCAAAGUGUUAACAGACUAAAUCCACUGGCAGGUGUAUCCAUUUUGAUAACUGAGUUUAGAUCUAUUCUGUACAGUGAUGUAAAUAAUCUGUUAACUUAUUUAUAUUCAUAAAUAAAGACAUACAAGUAUGCAUAUACAAGAAA